CGCGAAGGAGAGAGGAUACGCCAGUUUUUCUCUCUCUCUUCUCCUCCUCCUCUCCCUUCUCUUUUCUCUCGUACGCUCUCGCUCUCUCUCGUUCGUUAUCCCUGUUCGAGAGAGACGGAUAAGAUUUAAUAGGUAAAAAAGAAGAGAGGAGAGAGGUAGGGGAAAAUCCGAUAACUCCCGUUUUCGUUUUAAGAAAAGGAAAAGAAAUUUCCUUUUUUUUGUGAUCGGUGGAAGAAGGAAGGAAAAGGGGAAAAGGAGAAGAAUUAUUGGAUUAUUAUUAUUAUCGUUCGAGCAGAGACGUUGGAGUUAAAACACAGUCUUAUGGUCAUCUUGUGUUCUCACUGGAUUUCGAAAACACUGGCAACUGAAGAGGAGUUGAGGAGUUGACUGAGGAGCUGACUGGAGUAAGGAGACGCUUUACUCCCUGCCAGAAGACGGGGGACCCUGUCAAGAAAUCAAAAAACCCUGUCAGAAGGACCUGUUAAGCGUGAUAGAAGGUCCUUGUCCAGCCUGGCAGAAGGACCUUGUCAAGCCUGAAAAAAAUCCCAGUUCGUAAUCCCUGUCAAGGAGUGUGGAACCCCUGGCAAGAAACCCUCGUGACGCCUGUCAAACACCUGUCAAUUAGCCCGUCCAUAGAGAACCCUGUCAGAGCGCCCUGUCAAAGGUCAUGCAUUACAGGGCCGCGUGAGUGCAGGGUGCCAGGCCUUUCCCCACGAAGGUGCCACGAACUAUGGUCACGCGCAGAGAGAGCAGGUAGCGGGGAGCAGCAGGCGUGGUCGCGCUACUAUGUCCCCCUCGACGUGGCUGGUCCUCCCCCUCCUCCUCGUCGCCGCUGUCUCGGGUAGCCCCCUGUCCCCCACGCUCACCCACGAUGCGGCAAACGACCCACUCGACCCUCUGUACGCCCACGUUGAGGACCAGGACGCCUCCAACGACCUGGGAGUGGGCGUGGCUGAGGGCGGUCACAGGGGCGUCCUGGACACGCCCGAGCCCACGACGCAAGAGGAGAAGGACAAGAUAGAGAUGUUUGAUCCCUCCAGACUCAACUACACCGCCCUCCGCCUCGAGCUGGACGCAGAGCUGGCGAAGGUGAACAAGCGCGAGGGGAAGCUGAUCGGCGAAUCGCGGCUGCCCAGUUUCCUCUCCAACCUGGGGAAGUUCCUCGACUUCGAGAUGGUCGUGAAGGAGAUUGAGACGUCGAUCAUGUCGACCAUGUCUUGCAACGCGUGCAAGGCCGGUGUUGGUCUCCUGCAGCACUAUGUCCAAAACGGCAAGACAAAGGAGGACAUUAUCCGAGCUGCCUCAAAGCUCUGUACUUCCUUCAAGAUUGAGACGCCCAGAGUGUGCUUUGGUGUGAUCCACCUCAUGGCCGAUGAGGUUGUCUAUGUGAUAGAAAAUUUAGCCAUGAGCCCAGAUGAAAUUUGCGGCUUUGUCAUUGGAGACAUCUGCGGCACUCCAUACAACCCUUACCACGAAUGGCGCGUGGCUUUCCCCCCUGUUCAGAAGCCUCCCGUCCCUCGCCCUGAGCCUCCUCCGGAGGGAAUGCCAACCUUCAAGGUGUUGCACCUCUCAGACACACACUUCGACCCAGAGUACCAAGAAGGUUCGAAUGCCGACUGCAAUGAACCCUUGUGUUGCAGAGCAAACUCAGGAGUAGUGAGGUCCCCAGAUAAGAGAGCUGGGUACUGGGGAGACUACAGGAAAUGUGACACACCUGCUAGGACCAUACAGAGCAUGUUGGAGAAUAUUGCUUAUCUGCAUCCAGAUAUCGACUACAUCAUCUGGACAGGAGACCUUCCUCCACACGACAUAUGGAACCAGACCAAAGAGGGCAACUUGAACAUUCUGAGGUCCACUGUGCAGCAGCUUAUCAACUAUUUUCCUUACGUCCCAAUCUUCCCUGCUUUGGGAAAUCACGAGGCUGCUCCUGUUAAUAGCUUUCCGCCUCCCUUCAUUGUUGGAGACUAUGGGGUAAGUUGGCUCUACGAUGAAUUGGACAGACAGUGGCAACAUUGGCUGCCACAAGAUACCUCUCCCACAGUAAGAAAGGGGGCCUUCUACUCUGUCCUUGUGAGACCAGGAUUCAGAAUAAUCUCUCUCAAUAUGAACUACUGCAAUAAUAAAAAUUGGUGGUUAUUACUCAACUCCACUGACCCGGCCCAGGAGCUCCAGUGGUUUAUUUACGAGCUCCAAGGGGCUGAAAUGAGAGGAGAGAAAGUACACGUAUUGGGUCACAUCCCUCCAGGUCACCAUGAUUGUCUCAAGGUCUGGAGCCAUAACUACUAUUCCAUUAUCAAUAGGUUUGAGUCUACAAUCACAGCGCAGUUCUUCGGCCACACGCAUUUUGAUGAAUUUGAGCUCUUCUAUGAUGAAUAUGAUAGGCACCGUGUAACAAAUAUUGCCUACAUUGGGCCAUCUGUUACCUCUUACUAUAAACUGAACCCUGGUUAUAGAAUAUACACAGUGGAAGGAGAUUAUGAAGGGUCACGGAAGCUUGUUACUGACCACGAGACUUGGGUUAUGAACCUCAAUGAGGCGAACAGGGAUGGUCAUGUUCGGUGGUACCAGCUGUACUCAGCGCAGCGAGCAUACAAUAUGAGAAAUUUAUUGCCGCAGGAAUGGAAUCACUUGGUUCACAAGAUGAUGUUUGAUGAUGAAGUCUUUCAAAAGUAUCUAAGAUACUACUGGAAAAACUCCAUCGUGAGAGAGGAAUGCGAUGCCGAGUGCAAGAAGCGCAUGUUGUGUGACCUCAAGUCCGGCCGAUCCAACGACAGGAAGGUGACGUGUGCGAAGAUAGAGGCCCACGAGAAGCUCCAGGAACGCAACGACUGGACCAACUGGAUCUUCUCAGGCAUAACCGUUACAUCCUUGGUCAUUGCUGUCCCAGUGGCUGCCAUCGCCAUACCCAAACUCUUGUUCUUUUUCUUCUAAUGACGAAGACAUCAGUGACGACGUCGUCGAGUUGGACUUGACUUGAACUCUCAGACUUCGACUGACCCUUAAGGAAGACUUGACCGAAUAUAAAUAUAUGUGGUUGUGAUAUAAACUUAGUGAUGUGUUCGGUACGUGUGUGUGCGUGGCAUUUGUCUGUGCUGGUUUUUAAGGUGUAGAUGGGAGUAUAUAAGUAAGUUAUUUCUUUGUGUGUAUAUGUAUGGAUGUAUGGAAAUACAGUACAGUAUGUGUAAAUUAUUUCUUUGUGUGUGUACAUGUGUGUGUGUGUGUAUAAAUCUUGUCCUUAUUUAUUUAUAAUAAAAUGUAAUGAUGAAGGUAAA